AUGAAUAGAAUAAAACCCAAAUUUUGUUGCAAGAGGAAUGUGUCGGAUAGUCAUGUUUAUUGUGAUGUAUCGACACAUUCGUGUGAACAGGAAUUCCACUUGUUACAGCAACAAUACUUUGGUGAUAUGAAAACGUUGAGACGGGAGAAUAAGAUGUUAGCUAAACAACUUGAUGAGCUUGUAACGAAAGAUGCUGUAGAGAUGGAAAAGAAUAAUGAUGUUUUGUCUCGAUUAACCAUGUUACAAGAAGAGAAGACUGGGCUUGAAAGAGUUCUUUUAACACAAGAAGAAAAAAUCCAAUCUCUCCAACAAGAGCUUGUUGAGAUGAAGCAGAAUUGUACCACAUUAAAUUCAACACUGAUUGAAUCGGAGAGAUUAAACAAAGAAAUGACGAAAAAAUUGAACGAGUAUUCCGACCUAAAGAGACUUAACGAAAUAAAAGCAAAGACUAUCUUAAAAGAGAAAGAACAGCUGGAAGUGAAAUUGCAAAGCUGCGAAGAUAAACUACAAAUGCAGGAGGCGAAAUUCGAUCUUCUCUUGAACAAGCAAAACGAUGACACAGAUGCUGAGAAGCGUAUUUUGAAAAAUGAAAACAUGACUCUGUCUUCACAAUUAAAAGUAACGAAAGAAGAACUUUCAGGGGCUAAUUCUAAAUUAAAAAUACAAUCUGUGAAAAUCGAACAACUGUCACGUAAUUUAACGUCUAAACAAGAUGAAAAACAAUUGUCGAGAUGCGAAGAAGAAAAAGAAAAACUGAAGACAGAAUUGGUGAAACAAACUGAUAAGUGUGUGAUGUUACAAAAAGAAAUGCAACAAUCAAAGAGCAUGCGUAGACAAACUUUGGAACAACUGGAAGCACGACUGUUAAAAAAAUCUGCUGAUUGUACUGCACUGUCAGUAGGUCGUGAUACUUUGCAGAACAAAAUAAAUACUCUUGAAGAACAGAACAAUUAUCUUAGCGAGGAAAAGAAUGUUUUGAGCUUGAAAUACGAGAAUUUGGAUAAAGAAGUUGAGAACUUUAAAGAACAGAAGGAUCUGUACGAGAAACAAAAAUCUUUGGUCCAUACUCUAGAAGAGGAAGUGCGUACACUGACUGGUCAAUUGAAAGAAUGCAAGCAGCAAAUCAACACAUUGAGAGGAGAGGUGAAAACGUUUCACACUGAAAACAAACAAAAAGAAGAAGUUGUGUCAAGUUUGGAAUAUAACCUUGAAAGACGAACUGAAGAAUCUCACAUGUUGCUUCAGCAAUAUAAGACAGCACAAACCAAACUACUUAAACUUGAAUAUCAAGAGGUCGACGAAGUAACAAUGACAUUGCAAAACCAAAAUAAUGCUCUUUAUCAAGAGAUUGCACGACUCAGACAGACAAUGAGUGAAACAGAGAAUCACCAUAGUGAAGAGAAAGCAAAACUUAUUGAAGAAAUUAAUAAUACCAGGAACCACUUGAAAAAAGAUCGUCGCUCACUUGAAUCAGUAAAAACGCAAUUACAAACACAAUCUGACCUCGCAAAGAAUCGAGUAGAAAACGAGUUGAUCUUGGAACGCGAAAAAGAAAAAACUUGUAAAAUCUUAAUAAAUGAAAAAGCAGAGCUGAUGUUGAGAAUUCUAUCCCUUGAAGAGGCGUCAUCUAAUUCUAGCAGAGCACUACAAUGUAAAGAAAACGAACUUAUAUAUAUGAAGAACGAAAAUGAAGAAUUGAGAAUUAAUAUCUCAACACUUAACAUGCAGUUAAAACGAUUGCAAGCCUGUUGCCAUGACAACAUUAGGUUUGAGAAACAAAUGCAUUCCAGAACAUCGAGCGCAGAGACUGACUUACGUUACAAUCCAGGAUGGAAAAGCACAAAACCAAGUUCAUAUGGUACGCUGCACAAAACAAAGAAAUAUUACAUGCACGAUAGUAAAAACAUCGUAGAUACUAACAAUAAUUUUUUAUAUAAUGAAAUUAAUUUAUUUGAUAAAAUAAAAAAUACUUAAAGUUUCUCAGUUUGCGAUACUGUCCACUUUGAUAUUUUAAUUCUCAUGAUUUAAGAUCAUGUCGCUCGACAGGUACACAAUUUAUAACGACAUUUUCCCC